AACAAACAGAAAACCGUUUGGCAAGGGAAAACCGAAGCUGCCCGCAGGAAACGUUCGCAGGAAAAUCUAGCGCGGCACUUUUGUCACGUGCAGACCCGAACGGCGGGUCCAAUGUUAUGUAAACAAAGUGUCGAGUGACGGGUGCUGCAGUUCUGUGUGCUUGUGGUGCAGCUGAUUAUCGCGAACAGGUGAUAAGAGGUUUUGUCGAGUGGUUAAUUAACGUGUUUUCUAUUGCCUUUGCCGCCUCUCACGUCACUGAUCCGCUGACUAAUAGGGGUGUGCUGAAGCGGUUAGGAAAGAUAGGUCAACCUCAAUCGGCACGAUGUCAAUUACCGAGAAGGAUCUGUACCGGGACACUCCGGUGCGCUAUCUAGGAUACGCGAACGAGAUUGGAGAAGCCUUCCGACCGGUCAUCAAGAAGAUCUUUGUGCAUGCGAGCUACGCGGUGGCGAUCAGCUACGUGCUAGCGGAUACGGCCGACAAGUCCAAGAAGCAGUACGAUAAACCGGAAAUACUGGGUGGAGGAUUCCGUGGAGCGGCCGUUGCAUCCGGCGACACGCUGUUGUGGCAAAUGUUUGCCUCCGUCAUCAUACCCGGAUUUACCAUCAAUCGGAUCUGCUGGCUGUCGAAAGCGGCCUUGAAAGCGAACAAGGUCAAGGGACCGGUCGGCAAGUGGGGACCGACGCUGCUCGGCCUGCUGGCCAUUCCGUUCAUCAUCCAUCCGAUCGAUAGUGCGGUUGAUUAUGCGAUGGAUAACACCUACCGAAAGUAUGUUAAAUAAUAUCGCCUUCUAGCGCAAAUGCCAAAACGAUGGCGUUCGAACGGUUCUUUCGAACACGAUGCGAUCCGUAAAAAAACGGAUCGAUAUGGACAAUAGCCAAACUACCGAUAGACACAGAACAAAGCGGAACAACACAGCACAGAAGGGAAGGGAAAAGGGAGAAAGGGAAUUUCGCACAAUAAUUUUAGAUUACGACAGUGCCAGACGUUGCAACACGUGGUGCGGGUUACUAUUUUCUGCUUUGCCAAGCAACGAGUUAAUUAUAGGGAGGAGUGAACUACACCUAAGCCAGUGUUUUGCUCAUACUAUUGUACUACUACUACACGAUAUAAGGUGCUACUACUAGACACCAAUGUUUGUUACACUUCACUGUGAUAGGAACAGCAAGGAACAGUAGCAGCAGAGUUUUCGUUCGUUUAGGCACAGGGGACAGGACAGAUAGGCUUACAUGCAGGGUGGUUGGGAUGGUCCCUCUCUAGCCCUCCUCACAAAACGGUGCUAUUUGAAUGUCACAGCAGUAAAUAAAAUGCCAACGUCUUGCCUCAGAA